AUAUUGUUAUAUUUUGACAGUUUUAGUAUUUUACUAAAUUCAAGAAGUAUGAUAAAACAAGGAGCUGAAGCUAAAGUAUAUAAGUGUGAGUUUUUUGGUCAAGAGGUUAUUGUCAAGCAACGAUUUAAAAAAUCAUAUCGUCAUCCUAUUCUUGAUGAUAAAUUAACUAGGAAAAGGACUUCACAGGAGGUUCGCUCAAUGUUAAGAUGUCACAAAGCAGGAAUUAAAAUUCCAAUAAUAUUUUUUGUUAACCAUGUUGCUAAUGAAAUAUACAUGGAAGAAAUUAAAGAUAGUACAACUCUUAAAGAAGAAAUAGAAAAAAAAUCUUUUUGUAAUUUAAAGCAGAAUGAACUUGAAGAUGUAAUGAAAAAUAUUGGUGUUAUUAUUUCUAAAAUGCAUUCAGCAGAAAUUAUUCAUGGUGAUCUUACAACAUCUAAUAUUCUGAUAAAGGAAGAAAAAAAUAUUUAUUUUAUUGACUUCGGUUUAAGUGUAAUUUCAAAUUUAUCAGAAGAUAUGGCUGUUGAUUUGUAUGUACUGGAAAGAGCUUUUUUGAGUACACAUCCUCGCUCUUCACUUUUAUUCUCCAUCAUUCUUGAUAGCUAUAUUGAAAGUUUUAAUGACCGCAAAAAGGUUCAAGAAGUUAUAAGUAAACUUAAUGAUGUUAGAAGUAGAGGCAGAAAAAGAGUGAUGAUUGGCUGAAUCAAAAUGAACAUUUGUAUUAAUGACAGCUUUACGAUUAAUAUGAUUACAUUAUAUAAAGUUGAAAAUAAAUAUUUUAUUUACAAAAAAAUA